CACACAUCUAAGAGAAGAUAAUUCUUUACGGAAUUACCUUGCGGCAAGGGACUGACUCCUGGAGCGGACUGCCUAAAGACCAAACAGGCACUCAGAUUCUAAAGACUUUUGGCGUUGGAGAAAUGGAGGCUGCAAAGGAGCGCUUUCCUAGACUAAGGCAAGUUCUUCUCUUUGUUUUGCUGUCUCACACUUGGGCGGAGCAGGACGAUUACCGUAUCGCUGAAGAAACAGAGCGUGGCUCUUUUGUGGCCAAUCUAGCAAAGGACAUAGGGCUAGCGAUAAGAGAGCUGUCUUGGCGGAGGGCUCGGAUCAUUUUUACAAAUGACAAAAAAUAUUUUCAGCUGAACCUUCAGACGGGAGAUUUACAAGUAAAUGAUAAACUGGAUCGGGAGGAACUGUGUGGCCCCAUGGAGCCUUGUGUACUGCAAUUCCAAGUGUUACUGGAAGAACCUUUAGAGGUAUAUAGGUAUAAGCUUUUGGUCACUGACAUAAAUGACAAUUCCCCUGUGUUCCCAGAAGCAGAAAUGAUUUUGAAAAUCAUGGAAAAUACUCUUCCAGGGACUGCGUUUCCCCUGAAAAAUGCACAAGAUUUGGAUGUAGGUAUCAAUAAUAUCCAAAACUACACCAUUUAUCCCAACUCCCAUUUCCAUGUUCUUACCCACAAUAGCGGUGAAGGCAGAAAAUACCCGGAACUAGUUCUGGACAAAGUGCUAGAUCGAGAGGAGCAGCCUGAGCUUAGGUUAACUCUCCUGGCAGUAGAUGGUGGAGUUCCUCCUAAAACUGGGACUGCCUUGGUCCUCAUUGAUAUCUUGGACAUCAAUGACAAUGCCCCUGAGUUUGCGCAGCCACUCUAUCAUGUACAGAUCGUGGAAAACAGUCCUCUGGGAUCGGUUAUUGUCACUGUUUCAGCUAGAGAUUUAGAUACAGGAACAAAUGGUGAAGUAUUCUAUUCAUUUUUUUAUGGCGAUGAAGAGAUUAGUAGGACAUUUGCACUUGAUGAACUCACAGGAGAAAUUAAAAUAAUUAGGACACUAGAUUUUGAAAAAAUUAUGUCAUAUGAGCUGGAUAUUAAGGCUUCUGAUGGGGCAGGUCUUUCUGGAAAAUGCACUGUCAUAAUAGAGGUGGUGGAUAUAAAUGACAACACCCCAGAACUGACGGUGGCUUCACUUAUAAGCUCCAUCCCAGAAAAUUCCCCUGAGACCACGAUAGCUCUUUUCAGUAUUCAAGACCAAGAUUCUGGGGACAAUGGGAGGAUGGUUUGUUCCAUCCACGAAGAUGUUCCGUUCACUCUGAAACCUUCCGUUGAGAAUUUCUACAAGCUAGUAACAGAAGGAGAGCUAGACAGAGAGAGCCAGGCCGAGUACAACAUCACCAUCACCGUCACCGACCUGGGGACCCCCAGGCUGAAAACCCAGCACAACCUAACGGUGACGGUGUCCGACGUCAACGACAACGCCCCGACCUUCAGCCAGACGACCUACACCCUGCGCGUCCGCGAGAACAACAGCCCCGCGCUGCACAUCGGCAGCGUGAGCGCCACCGACAGAGACUCGGGCGCCAACGCCCAGGUCACCUACUCGCUGCUGCCGCCCCACGACCCGCAGCUGCCGCUGGGCUCGCUGGUGUCCAUCAACGCGGACAACGGGCAGCUGUUCGCGCUCAGGUCGCUGGAUUUCGAGGCGCUGCAGGCGUUCGAGUUCCGCGUGGGCGCGGCCGACCGCGGCUCGCCGGCGCUCAGCAGCCAGGCGCUGGUGCGCGUGCUGGUGGCGGACGCCAACGACAACGCGCCCUUCGUGCUGUACCCGCUGCAGAACGGCUCGGCGCCCUGCACCGAGCUGGUGCCGCGGGCGGCCGAGGCGGGCUACCUGGUGGCCAAGGUGGUGGCGGUGGACGGCGACUCGGGCCAGAACGCCUGGCUGUCGUACCAGCUGCUCAAGGCCACGGAGCCCGGGCUGUUCGGCGUGUGGGCGCACAAUGGCGAGGUGCGCACGGCGCGGCCGCUGAGCGAGCGCGACGCCGUCAAGCACAGGCUGCUGGUGCUGGUCCGGGACCACGGCGAGCCGCCGCUGUCGGCCAGCGUCACGCUGCACGUGUUGCUGGUGGACGGCUUCUCGCAGCCCUACCUGCCGCUGCCGGACGCGGCGGCGGCCGAGGCCCGCGCCGACCCGCUCACCGUCUACCUGGUGGUGGCCUUGGCGUCCGUGUCGUCGCUCUUCCUGUUCUCGGUGCUGGUGUUCGUGGCGGUGCGGCUGUGCAGGAGGAGCCGGGCGGCGUCGGGGGGCGGCUGCUCGGUGCCCGAGGGCCCGUUUCCGGGCCACCUGGUGGACGUCAGCGGCGCGGGGACCCUGUCCCACAGCUACCAGUAUGACGUGUGUCUGGGAGAAUCUGGGACCAGGGAAUUUAAGUUUUUGAAGUUUGUUGUCUCCACCCAACAGAAGCCUGUGAAGGAUAUGGAGGAAAACAAAUUUGUGAAUAGUUUUGGAUUCAAUUAUGAAUUUCGGUUAAGGAAUUUGGGUUCUUUCGAAAUAUGAUAGGUCUCCGUUACUGUUUUGGUCCGUAUAGAAUUUCUUGGGUGAUUUGCUGAUUCCAUAUUCCUAUUAAGGGUAUUUGAAAUAUUCUUUUCGAGUAUAUACUCAUAUUUACUCUUUAUAUCAUUUCUAUUUUGAUAGAGACAAAGAAUUUUCAACUUUAUUGCAUUACCGAAACGUCACGAAUAUAUGUUGAAUUUAUCAACUUUUCAUUAUCAAGCAGUUUGAUUCGAAGAUGACCCCAGCCCCAUCCUCUCUUUAUUAUAUGGAAACUCUAAAAAUUUUUUUACAUUGUGGUUACUUAGAAAGCAUUAUGAUAUUAAUAUAAUGAAGUAUCAGUAUAGUUUCUGUUUAAUCUGAUAUUAAGCCUACUUGUCUUAAAAAUUUUUUUAAAGAUUUUUUAUUUAUUUGACAGAGAUCACAAGUACGUAGAG